AUGCACGAGAUACUUCUCGACGCAUUGGUUUCCGUUGUAGCAGCCGCAAUAGUCGUAGUGACUAAAGAAUGGGUACGUAGGCGCAAAGCGAGAAAACUUCAGCAUUGUGAAAAUCUCCUUCCGCUGGUACGACAAGCCAAAGAAGCGAGAGAUUUACGAGAGUUGGCCGAGUGGUUUUUGAGUGACGAUGAAGAAGAAGACAUUCAGUUGCAGGAAAACGCUGAUUCUAUUGAAGUUGAGGUUAAUAGUAAUAUCGACAACAGUAGUAGUACUAAACGAUAA